AUGCCGGGUAGCGCCUUUGGGUAUGCAAUAUGUCGUAGUAGCAGAGGUGACAAUUUGGACUGCAUUGGAGUGACAAUGGAUGCUGGAAGUGGAAAAUCUGUUUCGAGACCUGCAUCCGCAAACGGAGGACGGGAAUUCUGGGGUCGGCUACCGGAGCCAUCACAAAACGGAACCUCCCAGAGCAGUCAGCAAGGUUCUCAACCUCCCAGCCCUACAUCCAGCCGUAAGGAUCGUAGUUCUCCAAGCCACUCGAGGAAGAGUUCAUCGUCUUCCUCGUCUAAACUGGUCAGUAGUCGAACGUCCUCGAAGAGUGGUGUUCCCCAGAGCUUCGGGUACGCCAAGAAAACAAACGGAACCGAUCCGCAGCAACAGGUACUGAUGAGCGGCGGACGAACGGCCCAUGUUUCAGCAGUUCCCAGAACUAGUAAACUGAAGGUUUCCGGGGGAACCCAAACAACCACAGCAGAUUUUCAAGCCAAAACCCAACAACAUCCGCAGUAUCGAAGCUUCUCGCUAACCGGCCCUGGAGCGGCCCAACUCAGUCAAUCGGUCAAAGAAAGGUUUGGUUCCGGAACGCAUAGUUUGCCAAAACCCGGUUUAGAUAUGCAUGUCUUCCAACAUAGAAUGUCUUCCCGUGGAUCGGCCAAGCUAAACGACGGUAGUCUAAGCGAUACGCAAACCUAUGCCGAAGUGAAGCCCGACUACGGCAGCUACGCCAUGUGGCUGCGCCAUUCCAGUACGGCCUCGAGCCGGCUUUCGGAGGGCGACACCUUGGAUGGGUUCACCUUGGGCAAUGGGGGCUCGGGCGCUGGAAGUGGCCCAGGUGGUGGUCCGGGAGGCAAUACCGGAGGCCGUCCGAACAAGUUGCUUCACCACACCCGUGGCGAAACGCAACCCGCUGGAACGGUGCCCGGACUGCAUCACCACCACGGCGCCGGAACCACGCACAGCCCCCGCCUGAACCGUAGCAAUAGCAUCAGCUAUUUGAAAGAGCGGACCUAUCCCAGAUCCACCAAAUCGGAGAAAAUGUACCCAUCGAUGUUGAGCCGGGGUCCGGACGUGGAAAUCGAACCGUACUACUGUCUGCCGGUGGGAACAGUUCCGGGUUCGGGAGCACAAGGCGGACAUCAUCCGAUGGGACCGAAUGGCGGCAUGGUUCCUUGGAGUCAACCCACGUCGCCAACUCCGCCGGCUCGUGGAUUCGCCGGGCUUCUUUCGCCCACCCACACACCCUCCCAUCGGUUGACCUAUCCCAAGAAGAAUGAUGAAGGUAAGCAAUUUCCCUAG